UCGCCAUGUUCCGCUCGCUCGUUCUCAAGCCUGCCGCCGCCGCCGCGCGCUUCGUGCACACGGAAGCCCACAUCAAGGAACUCGGAUAUGUCCUUCCCGCCGUCGCCACCCCCAAGGGUAACUACCGCAACUCGGUGCGGUCGGGCAACCUCAUCUUCACGGCUGGACACUUGCCGCAACCCGCGGGCGGGGAGCUCAUCAAGGGCAAGAUCGGCGUGGACCUGACUGCCGAACAAGGCUAUGAAGCCGCGCACCACGUCGCGCUUGCGCUCGUGGCGACGUUGAAGCAAGAACUCGGCGACUUGGACCGCGUCAAGCGCAUCGUCAAGGUCGUGGGGUUUGUCAAUUGCGUCGACGGGUUCACCGCGCAGCCGUCUGUCAUUAACGGCACGUCCGACACCCUCGUCAAGAUCUUUGGGGACCGUGGCAUUCACGCGCGUUCGGCCGUCGGGACCAACGCGUUGCCGCUUGGCAUUCCUGUAGAAGUCGAAAUCAUCGUCGAAAUCCAAGAUUAAGCGUCUCUCCAUAGCAACAAGACUACAUGUAACGAACGUUCUCAUAUCA